AUGACGGUGUCAGACGCCACUCAAGCCAAUGUCGCCCCCACAGUGUAUCCCCGCCGUGUUUUGCUUGUCAGCAUUCCACGAACAGCUAGCAAUCUUCUUUUGAAGGUCUUGGAUGUCUAUAAACAGCCCAAGGUGCUCACUAGCCCCCAGGGGGGUUAUUUUUUCUAUCCCGCAUUCGUCGCCGCGGCACAAAAUGACAUGCUGUCCAAGCCGGGUGAGCAAUGGACGGAGGAAGAAAAAAGCCGCGUGCAACAGCUCUUCCAGGAGUGUUUUCAGUCUUGGGAAGAUUGGACUGAAGAAGCGCAGAAGGAAAAGAAGAUCAUGUUCGCAAAAGAGCAUGCCUUCUGGAUCUAUAACCCGGCAUCUCUUUACAAGAUGAUGAGUGGCUAUGAUGACCCAGAGUUCUGGAAAUCUCUCCGAUGCAAUAUCCCUAAAUCAUACGGCCCAUCCCAAACUUAUUCUCCGUCAAAUGAGACCGUCCUAUCCGACGAGUACCUGAGAUCAUGGCAGCUCGCAUUUAUCAUCAGACACCCCGCUCUCAGCUGUCCCUCCUUCUACCGGGCUAUGAUAAAAGUCAAGGAUCAAGGAUAUAUUGACGAAGACGGCAUUGCCGGUGCAUCCAUGGCCAAUAUGAGCAUGCGCUGGACUCGCAAGUUGUACGAUUGGAGCAUGGAGCAGCCUGAUGUGCCGAUCCCGCCGCCCGUAGUGGACGCUCACGACCUCAUCCACAGCCCUGAAGUGUUGAUCAAGUUCUGUGAACAGACAGGCCUUGAUAAGGACUCUCUGAAGUUUGAGUGGGGCGGCAAAGAUGAUGUGAAGAAGUCCCUCAACUGGGCCGCUCCCGACGCAAAUGCUGAUGCCGCCAAAAAAGAGGAGCACCGAAAGGCUGCUGAGAUCUUGCUGGGUACUCUUGAGGCCUCAUCGGGCAUAAUAAAGGACAAAGCCCCUGCCAACAUUAAUAUUGAUGCGGAGGUAGCAAAGUGGAAGGUCGAGUUUGGGGAUGAGGUUGCUCAGCUUCUUGAAAAGCAAACCCGUGACUCAAUGGAGGACUACGAGUACCUCAAGGCCCGACGUUUGACCGUUUGA